AUGACCAACGUCGAAGGUUAUAUCGUUGACGCUUGCCUCUCUAUCGUGGGGACCACAUGGACCGAGCUCGAAAGAGCCACCAGAGCAGAAAAUGCCAGGGAGUUUUACAAUCUGGGCGAACGCCUGAAGAUACGCCUUAUCUUCGCGGCCGCUGGCCUACCGACCGCGUCAGGGCUCAUCAUCCUGGCCGUACCUGAAGCUCUAGACCCUACGGUACUGGUGCUAGGAAAGUUCUUCACUGCUUUCGGCGUGAUCUCUGGCGCGCAAAACUACGCGCGUUUACGAGCCGUGAUAGGUUCCCCCGGCGCUCUAUGUGAACUAUCCCGAUCAAGCCGUUUUACGCGAUUUUUUAUUCUGCAGACAAUCACGUAUAUUUCUUCUUGCGUCGCGUGUUUACUUACGCUGGUAGACCUUUACUUGUGGUUGUGUUACACUGCAGUACGGUCUUGGGAAAUCGUGUUCCCCAUUCUGAUAGGAAUUCUUCCAGUCGUUUACGUAAUACUUGACUUAACCUCGAG